UGAGAGUCGAGUUGCGCAGUAAUUUACUACGCAAAAAGAAACACGUUAGGAGGUCGUUGAUUGGUCGAUAACACGCGAGGAACAAUAAAGUUGGUUGCCUGGACGACGGAAUGAAGCGAUGCGUGUCAUUGCGCGCCGAGGCAGCCAGUUGUUUUUGAGAAAGGAAAGAAGUAUAUCGUUUCGGAAGUUAACAUGGCGUCGUACCGAAACGUCCAAUUACUGUGUACAACGCAGCAUUAAAAUAGCGAUACGAUAUGCAGUUAACGUGUGGUGUAAGGAAAUUUUUGCCGUUUAUUAUCGAGUGUAUCUAAAAUUGUGACCAAGUUUUUAACGAAAAAAAAAAAGAAGAAUCAAAAAUUAAGAAAAGAAAAAAGAGGAAUCACAACGAUCAUCCGGCCAAAUGACAUGGGAAUUUGCAGCAGGAGACACUUUCUAUUGACAAUAUGCAUUCUACAACUCAUUACUACUGUAGAGCGUCAAGUUUUCGACUUUCUAGGGUUUAUGUGGGCCCCGAUACUGGUCAAUUUUUUUAAUAUUAUUUUUGUCAUUCUGGGAUUUUUUGGGGGCUUUCAAUACAGACCUAAAUAUAUCAUAUCGUAUUGUAUAUGGAACACACUUUGGUUAGGAUGGAACAUAUUUAUAAUAUGUUUUUAUCUUAACGUAGGAGUAUUGGAUAAAAAUAGUGAUAUUUUAAAUCUUGGUACUGGUAGCUUUUCCUGGUGGCAUGUAAAUGGACCUGGUUGUAAAGCUGUAUAUGAUGUGACUGAACCAGAAUUAUUCAGACCAGCACGUCCCAGUAAUGUGACGGAUUGUGUACUGGAUUAUGAAGUAGUUGAAAUCUUACAUGCAUCUACGCAAUGUCUUUUAGGGCUAAUGGCAAUUAUAGGAGGGAUCUGCCUAAGUAAAGUCUUUUUAGAAGAAGAUGAUAGCUUUGACUUUGUGGGCGGUGAUGACUUUGGGUUGGCAGGCCACACACAGUUGCAUCCUAUGUAUGUUAGUUAUUCGGCACUUCCAACGCCUUCUUAUCCACAUAAAAAUUCCAGUCAAGAUUAUCCCGCAGGCACAACUAGCUCUCACCAAUCUGCUUAUCGAGACACUACUUUUCCAAAACAAAAUGAUAAAUCAUUUAAUAGUACCAGUAAUAGUAAAAAUAAUAACAAAGAUGAUACUAUCAUAAGUAAUAGAAGUAAUCUAUCUAAUAACGAUAUGAAAAAUGUUGAAUAUUCAACUGAUUAUUCGAAUCCUUUAGAUCAUCUUCAAAGACCUAUCUCACCAUACGAUGAAUAUGAUUCUUUAGAUAGUGCAGCAAGGUUAAAAUAUCAAAAGAAUAAGUUAUAUUAUCCACAUUCUUCAAAAUAUGUUUCUGUUACAAAUGCUAAAUGUAAAACUCAGUCAAAUCGUGGAAAACAAACGAGGACACCUAGCAAACCUAGAAUUUUUACUGAUCAUAUUCGCGAACAGCCUUUAAGAUCAUUUUAUUCCGAUCCAAAAUUGGCCAUUGAUCGUCAUCAAAGUAUGAAUAAUCAUGACAGAUCAAAUAAAUCCAAAAGAGAAAGUAGACCUUUAUCAUUGUUACAAAUUAAGAAGAAGAAGAAGAAAAAACAGCCUCGGCCGUUAUAUAGCAUCGAGUAUUCUCAACCAGAACCUCCUGUACAUGACGACAGUGUAUCACCUAAGCCAAUGACACCUAGAAGAGUGAAGAGACGUUCUGUAAUAUCACGAGAUGGUACACGUCGAUCCAGUCGAAGAAGUUCAGUCAGGCAAUCGCGUAGAAAAAAUCCAGUUAAUCGUAUAAUGGAUCAUCAGGAAAGUCUUUAUGCUAACACAGCACCAAGUAACUUAACCAAUCAGAACGUUAACUCUUUGUCUCAAGGAACAUUAAAUUAUGAUAGGAUUUCGGUUGGUUGGGACAGAGAUAGGAAUUCCAAUUGGCAACCGGAAGCUGUUAAUAUGGCUGUCUCUUCACCAACACUUUGGACUGGACAAGACAGUAACAAUUAUUCUAACACAAGUAAUUAUUCUAAUCAGAACCUGCCCAUUUGGGAUGGAAGCAGCUCGACAAGAAAUCUCACUGACAAUUGGCAAGGAAACGAUCUGAAUACCAUGCAAUGGCAAGGUCAAAGCAAUCCGACUUUUCAACAGACUAGUACUCAAAGCUUGAAUGGCGAGGAUCUUGAAGAUUUAUAUAGUAAUCGACCAGCUAGUGUAAGGUCAAGUUAUAGCAAUUAUCACGGUGUUAGGGCUACGCCUCAGGUACCUAGUAGAACCGAUAUUGUUAGGCAGAGUCAAAGACAAUUUGUUCUUAGUGGACCACCAGCGUAUCAGGAUACAGUGAUAUGAUACUUUGAUAAUCUCCUAAUGAUGAUAGCUUAAUAUUGACUUCUUCUUUUUUUUUCUUUUUUUUUUCUUUUUUUUUUUUUCUUCUUCAUUUUACCGUGUCAAUGAUGAUAUUUAAAGCUUUACUUUAAUAUGGACUGACGCAAGAGGAAUAGACUUUGUAUAGAUUUUAUUUAAGAUUUUUAUGCAAACUCUGCAUUGUGUAUUGCUGUUGAAUCAGGUGAUUUUUUUUUUCUAGCUACGAUAAUAAUUUAUGAAUUUAAAAAUAUUUUCAACUUAUUUAUGUUACAUUUCUAUCAUUUAUACAAACAAAUUUGUUUCAAAGUAUGAAUUUCAGGAUUUCAAUGAAUCUCUGAAUUUAAUUUGGAAUCUAUUUAGAGAAAAAGAAAGAUUUUCAAAUUUUUAUUGAAAACACUGUUUAUAAUUUUUGAAAAUUCACAAAUUACAAUCCUAACUUUAUUAAACAUUAUACACUGCGAACUAUAUAAAACAGAUGAUUUCAAUAUUUUUGACAAUAAGCAAUGUAAGAUAUUGAAAUAUCCUGUUUUGCAAAAAGUUCAUUUAGUAUACAUAUAUAUUAACUGACAUCAUGCCUUGAAUCUCAGGUUUUACGAACAAUGAAAAUUUUACAUUGCUUGGGGAUACAUGCGUACUAGUACGAUAUACUACUAUCUACAAAUAAAAACAAAACAAAAAAAAGAAAUUUCUUACAAAAUUCAUCAAAGAAGACAAUCGUUCGAUAUUCUUAUUUUAAUAUGAAAUAUUUUUCAUUGAGAUUUUUAAUAGUAAAAGAAAGAAAGGAAUUUAACAAAAAAUAAGAAGAGGAACAAAAACUCAUACGUACAUAUCUGAAAGUGAUGAACACACAUGCUACGUUGUUAUCAUAAACAUAGUCUUCCAAUCGACAGAUUUAAUUAUUAGAAUUAGAAAUUAGAAAUGGAAAACCGAAGGUGUUUUUUUAAGACUUUACAUUUAGACGAAGAUCUUUAUUAUUAUACAUCAAUAAAGCAAUGAAACUGAUUAAACCAUCGCUCUCUUAAUGUACAAUGUAUCAUUAUUAUUACAUAAUUAUCGAGAGACAAUAAAAAAAUAAUAUUGAUUACUGUGU